AAUACAGAAAAACUCAAGAAGAAUUGGCGUUCACCUGUCUAUGUGUUUUUUGACACCGAUCAUGUUGGUGUUCAGAAUGUGAAUGGUCGUGUUUGCCACUUCUUCCCCUGUGCAGCACAAAAAUGUAAGACAAGAAUUGGAGGUGUUCGCCGUUUCCAGGACUCGAAAGAUAAGGCUUCAACUGCUAAUCUAAAGAGCCACGCCGUUGGCUGUUUUGGUGACGAGGCUGUC